UGGGGUGAGACUCCCGCCAGGCUGACGUGUUUUACUACCGGCGUGUCUGUCUGAAGGACGCUGCAGGCAGUGACGAGGCUUAGCCAGGAUGUCGCUAUCGUGGAUUGUCGCUGUUCUUGUCAUGUCCACGUGCGCCAUAGGAGGCACCGCUGGCACAGACACCCAACGAAGUCUAUACAGUCAUCUCUUCGACAAAUACAACAAAGCCUUACGCCCGUCCGAAACUCCUAACAGCACGCUGAUAGUGGAGAUCGGGGUAGAACUGACUCAUCUCAUAGACAUGAAUGAGAAGCAUCAAACGUUGACAGCAAACUUAUGGCUAACAAUGGGUUGGAACGACACGUACCUGCGGUGGAACGCGUCGGAGUGGUCCGAAAUCACUACCUUAACAGUCCCGGACAGCUACGUCUGGAAACCAGACAUCAUGCUGUACGAGAAUGUAGACCAGUAUUUCAAAGGAUGGUCCAAGUCAGAGACGUACGUGAAGCUCCGUCACGACGGUUACGUGUUGUGGGAGAUCCCAACCGUUACUCUGUCGUCAUGUCAGGUGAAUGUGUCGUCCUUCCCGUUCGACCAUCAGAAGUGUCCGCUGAAGUUCGGUCCGUGGAUCCACAGCAGCUACGAAGUGGAGAUGAGAAGUAUGGCGGCGAACGGCAGUCUCCAGUACUUCAUGGUCAACGCCGAGUGGCACGUCGUGUCAUUCGAAGCGCACACAAACAACAAAACCUACGGAGAGUCCUUCGAUAUCGGCACUCCCUACUCCGACGUUACGUUUGUCUUAGAAUUCGAGAGAAAAUCGACUUUUUACGUCUUUAACUUGUUGCUGCCUUGUCUGCUGUUGACCUAUCUCAUGUCGACCAUGUUUUACCUCCCCCUGGAGACGGGAGAGAAACUGUCUUUUGGCGUGUCUAUUCUGCUCGCUAUUGUUGUGUUCCAGCUGGUGCUGAAUGAGGUUCUGCCUGAGUCAGAAGACCUCCCCUGGAUAGGUCGUUACGUGAUCCUGGCGAUGAUCAUGAUGUCGGUGUCUCUGUCCCUGUCUGUGCUGGUGAUGAGCGUGUGUGACUGCUCCAUCACCGUCAGACCCAUGCCGCACUGGGCCCGCACCGUGUUCCUCAAGGUCCUGGCACAGAUCAUGUUCAUGGGAGACUUGUCCAACGACCACCCGACCAACCUACAGACGGACGAUACCGAGACAUUUCAGAUGUCAGACCUCAAUAUCAGCAGCAGUCUGUCAGAGAGAACCACGACACCCAUGGAAUCUCAAGACCAGUCUGAGUACCAGGCCGGCGCGGAGAUUCUGGCGUCCAACUUGAGAAGCAUCGAGCGGAAACACAGCUUCCUCAUCAGCUACAUGAAGGAGCUGGACAGAAAAGAAGAAGUUCGCAAAGAGUGGAGAACCCUGGCUAAGGUCCUGGACAGACUCUUCUUUUUCAUUUACAUCAUAACCUCUACGGUUUGCCUGGCCGCGUUUGUCGCGUACGUGUGA